AUGGCCCAAGAAGCAGCAAAAAAUCAUCUCCGAGACAUCAAAAACAAGACUUGGAUCCUCAAAACUUCUAUUCACUGUGAAGGCUGCAAAAGAAAAGUAAAGAAAAUCCUCAAUCAAGUUCAAGGUGUUGAAAAUGUAGAAGUUGAUAUUAAGCAACAAAAGGUAAUAGUAACUGGCAACGUCGAGGGAGAUUCUUUGAUCAAUAAACUGACAAAGUCUGGUAAGAAAGCAGAAUUAUGUGAAAAAACUGAGAAAAAAGAGAAAAAUUCAGGGCAAGGAAGAAACAAAGAGAAACAGAUUAAAAGACAAAGCAAUGAACAAAAAAUCCAGGAAAAUGGUGCUGAAAAAGAGCAGAAGCCAGCUGUGAACGUCCAAGCGGUUCAAGAUCCUGCUAAAAUAAGUGAUGGAGGUGCUUCAACGAGUGGUUCUGCAUCCAAGAGAGGUGGCGCAGCUGAAGUCGACGGCGGUGAAGUGAAAAGGAAUGAAGCAAGUGAUGCCGGUAGUUCAGCUAAAGAUACAGGUCCGGUAAAAACAAAUGACAGCAAUCAAGUGGCCGAGUCAAAAUCAGAGGAGAAGAAGCCGGAGAGAAACUCAGCCGGUGAACCGCUGCUUCCGGCGGAGGAUAGUGAAAGUAAAAGUGGCGUAGCUUCUGAGAAAAGUAAAGGUGGCAGUGUUAGCGGCGGUGAGAAUGGCGCUUCUGGUAAAAAGAAGAAAAAGCAAGGGCAAAAUGGGAAUAAUAAUGAGCGCGCGAAAACGAGUGUUGCUACACCGGCACGCACAGGAUCAGAGAAGCAUGAUGUGGGCCCACCUCCAAUCUGUUUUCCAGCUAAUCAUAUUCCUCCACGUCAGCAUAAUUAUCAUCACUACCCACACCCACUCCAUAACUGCGAGCCCCCACCCGUGUCCGCCGUGAGCUACAAUACGGCGUAUCCUACUAGUAGCUAUACGGCAUCGUAUUAUGCAGCCCCACCACCACAUUCAUACGCCUAUUCGUAUCCGGGGCAAGAUAUCGAGCCGCCGCCACCACCCUCCGAUCCCGCUUCAUACCCUCGACAGCCGUUGGAUUCAUUCGAAAUGUUUAGCGAAGAAAAUACGAAAGGGCAAACUGCAUCAUGUCUAUAUCUUCUUUGUAUAUUGGAAUUGCAUGCUCUGGACAUUCUGACAGAGGACAAACUGGACUGGAAAUAG